UUCUUGAGUCAAGUGAGCAUAGACAUAUAUUCGGGCAGUGUGCAAAAGAGCUGAGCUGCUGAAGUAACUGUUUCCGAAAAGAAGAUUGGUUCAUUCCAAGAGGUGACUGGGCCAAAACCGGCAGUUGACUAGCAACCUAAAGCUCUGAGUCAGGAUGCCGUUCAAACCAGCGGACAACCCCAAGUGUCCGAAAUGCGGCAAGUCAGUGUACGCCGCCGAGGAGAGGCUGGCCGGUGGCUUCAAGUGGCAUAAGAUGUGCUUCAAGUGUGACAUGUGUAACAAGAUGGUGGACAGCACGAACGCCGCCACUCACGAGGCCCACCUGUACUGCAAGCAGUGUCACGGCAAGAAGUUCGGACCCAAGGGUUACGGGUUCGGCGGUGGGGCGGGCGCACUCAGCAUGGACACCGGCGAGAGGCUAGGAAACAAGGAAUGUGAAAUGAGCAAUAAGCCAUCCAUGGCCGGUGUUGGGGGAGGAUCCUCCGGAAUUGGCCCAAAAUGUCCCCGAUGUGGAAAUGCCGUGUAUGAUGCGGAACGGGCAAUCGGAAUCAACACUCCGUGGCACAAGAGUUGUUUCAAGUGUAAGAACUGUGGCAAGGCCGUCGACUCCAGCACCGCGGCCUUCCAUGACGAGGAGGUGUACGACAAAAACUGCUAUCACAAACUGUUCGGGCCUCACGGAAAGAUAUAAAGGGUGAAGAACCCAACACAUCGGUGCCGCCAUUGCAGAUCCAUUCUCGUCUGCUAUUGGUGGAUACGUCAUCGCCUUGGGACGCCAUGUUGUUUUUCAACAACUGGCGACCAUCAUGGAUCCAAUGAAGGAUGACUACAGCACUGUUUUAUUAUUCAGUUACUUUAAGUUAUUUUCAUUCUCUGGCUAAUUCUUGUAUUAUUUUCGUUAAUUCAUGUAACGCCGUACUAAUGUGUACAGUGGGGCUGUACAAAUGAUGCAUGCUGGAGCCACGUCACGUAGACGAUAUCUCCCUCACUCGCCUCAGUCUUCUCUUACCACGGGUUGUUAGUUGUCACACUGCACCAGUUUUAUUUACUUAUUUUUUAUUAUACUUGGCAAAAAAUUUAAACUAACAGGGCAAUACAUGGCUCAAAAAGAAGUUGCCCAUAAUAAAAUUCUCAGGCUUGAGGUCUAAAAGCCCGCUACUCCCUCUACAGUAAUAAACGAUUCCGGGGCUUUCUUUUCGACGCCUGUUAGGAUUUACAGUAUGACACAUAGGGAUCUAUGCCAGUCGUAAAACACUGGUUAGAACGGGAAAAACCCAAGGAAUAUACCGAGCGGAAAUGAGCAAACAAUUUCGAAUAGAUGUCCGGCUCUAGAGGUAUUUAACAAAAUAAUGGCCUCCAAAGAGUUGCAGGAUAUGAUAAUAUCUUACUAGACCAACACAGAUGAUUGAAAAUGAACAUCAAGUUUCAUAGUUUUCUCACUGUCCUGGCCGAUUUUGUUAAAACUUCACAUAUUGAUAGAUGGCCAAUAGGACCAAAGACUGUCCGGUUCAUUUUUUCGCCAAGUAUGAUGCUCUCGUCACCUUCAGUUUAUGUUAAUUAUCGUCACCGACAUAUUCCUUAUUGCACACGUUGACCAUAAAUGUCCUUUUGACACAAUCCCCGUUUCCUCCCCAGUGAAGUAGAUUACUAGUAGCGGAGAUUUGUUUGAAACAGUUAAAUAAAUGUAUUUAAAAUAA